AUGUCUUCACAGGUACCUCAAACUCAACAAGGUGCCUCCUCGAGUGGAAGUACCAGUAGCAGUGGUGGUGGCGGUUGUUCAAUGAUUGGACAACCUUCUCCCCUCACAUCGUCCUUCUCAGCAUCAUCAUCCUUGCCUGUCCAUGAACGGUCAUCGACCUCUCCAACGACGAACGCAAUGAUCUCCGCCUCCUCAACUCCAUCUUGGUUGCCUUCCAUGGGUACUAAUACUAAUGGCGGUGGCGACAAGGUUGCAUUGAAUGCACCAACCACUGGCGAUCUGAACAGAACAUCGAAUGCUCCAUUAUACUCCUCAUCGUCGACCUCCUCCUCACUCUCAAACAUUGGACCAUCCGCACCAUCGAAUGAUCCAAUCAAAACGAACAACUCGAACAUGAGCCCCUCGCCUAACACGAAUAGUUUAACAACAGUAUCCUCAACAUCGCCUCCAUCAGUCACUGAUUCUACCUUAAGACCUGCUCUUACAUUUGUGAAUGGAUCGAACGACUAUCAAGCUGAAUUCACAUGUCAUCCUGAUUUCAGAUUGAAUACCAAGACAAAGAAUCCACCAAAUACCAAGUUCAAUGUUUCGAUUAAGGAUGUUCUUUUUGUCACCGGUGUAGAUUUGGGAGAUUGUGAAAUGUUUCUAAGAUUGGACAAUGGAACCACUCAUGGUCAACCAGUGUGUAGUUGCUUCUUCAAACCUCUCACUCCUUAUAUCGAUUCAUCCACCAAUAAUAGGGAAAAGAAAAAGAGAUUGUAUCAAGCUAAGAUUGACAUUCCUCCCUCUCUCAACACAAAGAAGGGAAAUAGUUCUUCUCGAGUUGGUUUCAUUGAAAUUUAUGACUCGAACAACAAAUUGGUUGCAGUGAGCGACAAGUUUUGGAUUCGAUCUCGAUCGAGGGACCAAAUGCUUAAAGAUGAGACCACGAAAAAGAGAGCACGUUCCAAUCAACAAGCAUUCAGAAAGAGCACUACUGCCAUUCAUAACCAGAGCCCUAGCAAUACCACUCCAACCUUUACAUCGUCCAGCAAUACCUCUUCCACAGAACCAUCCCUUAAAAAGAUGAAACAAACACCAACCAUAUCUCGAAACUCUUUAAUGUCACCUCACCUCUCAUCGCCACAACCUCCUCAGAAUGUCGUCUCUCCAAACAGUGCCUCUCAUUCGAGAACAUCGAAUUUUGCCUUUGGAAGUCCUCAACGAUUUUCAACUUCUCUUCACAGUCAAAACGUUGCUUCGAGUUUUGACAACACCAUGGGAAGUCCAUGUGGUCGAACACAGGCCUCUUCCUCACUUGAGAGUCCACAGCUAGUUCUUCCAAGUAGUAGUAACCUGAAACCAGAAUCUAGUCAUACACUUCCUCCGCUAAGAGACAUCUUUUCUCCACAAAUGGUGGCCAAUGCUUCUUCAUCGAAUAUGGUCGAGUAUUCCAACAUAUCAGCAACAACAAUGAAACAAGGAGGAGGAGAAGACCAACCACGUGCUGCUCAGCAACCCAUUCGCAGUGUGCAUCACAUGCAACAAUCACCAAGCGGAUUUGCUGCAAAGCCACAACAAUAUUCACAAAACGCAACCUUACUGUAUUCCAACAACAACCAAAUGCAGGAUUCAAGCUCAGAGAAUCUUUUGAGGACUUUGGAGGAUUCUCUCCACCAGCAACAAGAUCAGAUCCAAGAAUUGAUGCGUUUAAUUUCCAACAACGCACAAGCAAUCAAUAGAAUGCAAGAGAAACUGCAUGAAAUUAUGUUGAGCUUGUCAUCCGUGCCCAAUAACAAUCCGUAG